ACGCGCCACGGGCCCCGCCCCCUGCCAAUCUGGCCAAUGGCAUGCCGGAGAAUGUCCAGCGUGUGGGGCGUGUGAGGUCAGAGCGCGGCCCGGCCAGUGUCCCUCCUCCGUGGCCCCGCCCCCCGGCAGGCAGCUCUCCGGCCCGCGCUCAGUGUCGCGCCCUCUUUCUCGCUCUCUCCCCGUGUGUGGAGCUGCGGACAUGGCGGCCGAACAGCAGCAAUUCUAUCUGCUCCUCCAGAACCUGCUGAGCCCUGACAACGGCACCAGGAAGCAGGCCGAGGAAACCUAUGACAGCAUCCCUGGGCCAUCAAAGAUCACUUUUCUUUUGCAAGCUGUUCGAAAUGCUGUGGCUGCUGAGGAGGCCAGGCAGAUGGCAGCUGUACUACUACGCCGCCUCUUGUCGUCAUCCUUUGAAGAAGUUUAUCCAUCCCUUCCAGCCGAUGUGCAGAAUGCUAUCAAAAGUGAACUUCUACUUGUCAUUCAGUUGGAAUCUCAGUCCAGAAUGAGAAAAAAGAUCUGCGAUAUAGUUGCAGAGCUGGCUAGAAAUUUAAUUGAUGAUGAUGGCAAUAAUCAAUGGCCUGAAGCAUUAAAGUUCUUAUUUGACUCUGUGAACUCUCAGGAUGUAGGACUUCGUGAAUCCGCCCUGCAUAUUUUCUGGAACUUUCCUGGUAUUUUUGGAAAUCAGCAGCAGCACUACUUAGAAGUGAUCAAAAGAAUGCUUGUGCAGUGCAUGCAGGACCAGAAUAAUCCUGGGAUCAGGACUCUUUCUGCUAGAGCUGCUGGUGCAUUUGUUCUGGCCAAUGAACACAACGUUCCAUUAUUGAAGCACUUUGCUGAUUUAUUACCAGGCAUCCUACAGUCAGUAAAUGAAUCCUGUUAUCAGAAUGAUGACUCGGUCCUGAAGUCUCUGGUUGAAAUAGCAGAUACUGUUCCUAAAUAUUUGAGGCCCCAUCUAGAAGCAACAUUACAGUUAAGCUUGAAGUUAUGUGCAGAUGCCAGCCUGGGCAACAUGCAGAGACAAUUGGCCCUUGAAGUUAUUGUGACACUUUCUGAGACAGCAGCAGCUAUGUUGAGGAAGCAUACAAGUAUUGUCGCCCAAGCUAUACCACAAAUGUUGGCAUUGAUGGUAGACUUGGAAGAUGAUGAAGACUGGUCAAAUGCUGAUGAGUUGGAUGAUGACGAUUUUGACAGCAAUGCUGUAGCUGGGGAAAGUGCCUUGGACAGAAUGGCCUGUGGCUUAGGUGGAAAAAUUGUUCUCCCCAUGAUUAAGGAGCACAUCAUGCAGAUGCUACAAAACCCUGACUGGAAGUACAGACAUGCUGGUCUUAUGGCAUUAUCAGCCAUUGGAGAAGGUUGUCAUCAGCAGAUGGAGGGCAUCCUUAAUGAGAUGGUCAACUUUGUUUUGCUCUUUCUUCAAGACCCGCAUCCCAGAGUGCGUUAUGCUGCGUGCAAUGCUAUUGGACAGAUGGCCACUGACUUUGCACCUGCUUUCCAGAAGAAAUUUCAUGAAAAGGUGAUUGCAAGCUUGCUUCAAACUAUGGAAGACCAAGCCAACCCCAGAGUCCAGGCCCACGCUGCUGCUGCUCUUAUUAAUUUCACUGAAGAUUGCCCAAAGUCACUCCUUGUUCCUUAUCUGGAUAAUUUGGUUAAACAUUUGCAUUCAAUUAUGGUGGUCAAACUACAGGAGUUAAUCCAAAAAGGCACAAAGUUGGUUCUGGAACAGGUGGUUACUUCAAUAGCCUCCGUUGCCGACACUGCUGAAGAGAAGUUUGUUCCUUAUUAUGAUUUGUUCAUGCCAUCCCUGAAACACAUAGUGGAAAAUGCUGUACAAAAAGAGCUGCGUCUUCUUAGAGGGAAAACUAUUGAGUGUAUAAGUCUUAUUGGUCUAGCUGUUGGCAAAGAAAAGUUUAUGCAAGAUGCAUCCGAUGUAAUGCAGCUGCUGCUGAAGACUCAGACUGACUUCAGUGAGUUGGAAGAUGAUGAUCCUCAGAUUUCAUACAUGAUCUCUGCAUGGGCUCGUAUGUGCAAAAUCCUCGGGAAGGAAUUCCAACAGUACCUUCCUGUGGUCAUGGGACCUUUAAUGAAAACUGCUUCCAUUAAACCAGAAGUAGCUCUUCUUGACACUCAAGACAUGGAGAGCAUGGGAGAUGAUGACGGAUGGGAGUUUGUUAAUCUAGGAGACCAGCAAAGUUUUGGUAUUAAAACUGCUGGCCUUGAAGAAAAAGCGACUGCUUGCCAGAUGUUGGUUUGCUAUGCUAAAGAGCUGAAGGAGGGAUUUGUGGAGUACACCGAACAAGUUGUAAAACUAAUGGUUCCACUCCUUAAAUUUUAUUUCCACGAUGGUGUAAGAGUUGCUGCUGCAGAGUCUAUGCCACUUUUGUUGGAAUGUGCAAGAGUACGUGGUCCUGAGUAUCUCACCCAAAUGUGGCACUUCAUGUGUGAUGCUCUUAUAAAAGGAAUUGGAACAGAGCCAGAUUCUGAUGUCCUGUCUGAAAUAAUGCACUCAUUUGCUAAGUGUAUUGAGGUGAUGGGAGAUGGAUGUUUAAACAAUGAACACUUUGAAGAACUUGUAGGCAUACUAAAGAGCAAACUAGAAGAGCACUUUAAAAAUCAAGAACUAAGACAAGUAAAAAGACAAGAUGAAGACUACGAUGAACAAGUUGAGGAAUCAUUGCAAGAUGAGGAUGACAAUGACGUUUACAUUCUGACUAAAGUAGCAGACAUUUUGCACUCUAUAUUCAGUAGCUAUAAAGAGAAGGUGUUGCCAUGGUUUGAACAGCUGCUGCCAUUAAUCGUUAACUUAAUUUGUCCUCAUCGGCCAUGGCCAGACAGACAGUGGGGACUCUGUAUCUUUGAUGACAUCAUUGAACACUGUAGCCCCACUUCAUUCAAAUAUGCCGAAUACUUCCUGAGACCUCUGAUACAGUCAAUCUGUGAUAGCAGUCCAGAGGUUCGUCAAGCAGCUGCUUAUGGUGUCGGUGUGAUGGCACAGUUUGGGGGAGAGAAUUAUCGGCCUUUCUGUACAGAAGCUCUUCCACUUCUUGUUGGGGUUAUACAGGCCCCUGAUUCUAAAGCCAAAGAGAAUAUCAAUGCCACAGAAAAUUGCAUCUCCGCUGUAGGAAAGAUUAUGAAAUACAGACCAGAUUGCAUUAAUGUGGAUGAAGUUCUGCCUCAUUGGUUGUCAUGGCUGCCACUGCAUGAGGACAAAGAAGAAGCCAUUCAUACUUUUAACUUUCUUUGUGACCUUCUUGAAAGUAACAAUCCUAUUGUGCUAGGACUCAACAACUCAAAUUUACCCAGAAUAUUUAGUAUUAUAGCAGAUGGAGGAGUCCAUGAAUCCAUUAAAAGUGAAGAAUUAUGUGGCAAAAGACUUGCUAAUGUAGUACGACAAGUUCAGGCAUCUGGAGGACUGUUCACAGAAUGUGUAUCACAGCUGAAUCCAGUUCAGCAGAAGGCUUUACAAGAUCUCCUGAGUGCUGCAUGAAGACUUCUACUGGUGGCAUAAAUCAGGAAAACUAACAUAAAAUAAACUUACCUCUUCUGUUUAGGUUUCUUUAUUUUUUGUUUUCAGAAAAAGGAGCACAGUAGUGUUUGUAAGCAGUUUUUCUGCAGGCUAUGAGGUUGGGAGAAUUGCAUUGUACCCCAGACUGGGGAAAAAACACAUUAAAUGGAUUCUUCUAGAAAAGACGGAGGCUCCUUGCAGGCCUGUAACUCUAAAUGGAUUAUUUUAUUCUAUCCUCAUAUCUCCUGUUAUCCACUUUUGUGGAUAUGGAGAAACUGUUUACCAUUGUCUUCAGUUAUCAAUUAGAAGUAUGGUUUCUCUAGAUGAAUUUUAAGACUCAUGGACUUAGAUCUGGUGUAUCUAAAGGGCCUACAAAGCUUUUAAAAUGGUACUCCCCAUGCCAUUUGCAGAAGUGGUAUGUCGAGUUCAUAUUAGCACGAUGUUAUAAUCGUCAAGACAAAUUUGUCUCCACACUGUAUUAACACAGAAGUUUGUAGAAUAAGACUUUUGCCCUAUUAUUGGAUUCAUUUUCAUUAUCAUGGUCAAGAAAAUUAAUUUUGCACAGAUUUAUAAUGGUAUAUUUUUAUUAGUUUUGGUCACCCAUAGUGCCCAAAUAAUGUGGUUUGGCAUAGGACAACAUUUAGCUUCAGGCCCUUGAAUGUGAAGUGUCUUUUUGGCAUGUCUGGCAAUAUCUUUCACUCUUCAAUAAACAAUGACAUUUAAACACCAGUCUGAGCAUGGGACCACUACUGUCUCACUUUAUUCAAUUUGUACUUGAUCAUGUGAUUUUGUUUGGAGCACUCAGAUAAAACAUACUCUGCAUGUGAGCAGUUUAUAUUUUUUUGCUGACUUAUAGGUUUAAUUUUUUUUUUACGUUUCUUAUAUACGUUAUGUUAUAUAGGAUGCCUUUAUUUUCAAAGAUGCAUUCAUUUGAGUUUUAUAGUUUUCUGAUACAUAAAAAUAAAUGUGUACAAUUAUGAAUUUUGCAUUAGCAUUAACACCUCCAACUUUCUCUUGUAUUAUUAGUUCAGUUUAUGCUGCAACGAAAAAAAGCCAGACAUUUUUUCUGCAUUAAAUGCCACAAAAAAUAA